AUGCCUUCAGAGGUGCUUGUUCCGCUGUCGCGGUGCAGCACCAACGCGCUCGCUCCAUUACGUGCUCCAAAGGCCAGCGCCAGCGACGUUUUGCUGCCGGGUGUUUUGUCUGUUGAGAGGGAACUGUUUUCACCAUCUCAGAAGUACCAGCUCCUUGUAUAUCAUGCAGACUCUCUCUUUCAUGAUAAGGAGUAUAGAAAUGCUGUCAGUAAGUAUACAAUGGCCUUGCAGCAGAAAAAAGCAUUGAGUAAAACCUCAAAAGUAAGACCUUCUACUGGGAAUGCUGCGUCAACUCCCCAAAGCCAGUGUUUACCAUCUGAAAUUGAAGUGAAAUAUAAAAUGGCUGAAUGUUAUACAAUGCUGAAGCAAGAUAAAGAUGCCAUUGCUAUCCUUGAUGGGAUUCCUUCCAGACAGAGGACCCCAAAGAUCAAUAUGAUGUUGGCAAAUCUAUACAAGAAAGCAGGUCAAGAACGCUCAUCUGUUACAAGCUACAAAGAAGUGCUGAGACAGUGUCCUUUAGCACUCGAUGCCAUACUAGGCUUGCUCUCGCUGUCAGUGAAGGGUGCGGAAGUGGCCUCUAUGACGAUCAACAUCAUUCAGAGCAUUCCUAACUUGGACUGGCUUUCCGUGUGGAUCAAGGCCUAUGCUUUUGUGCAUACUGGAGAUAACACAAGAGCAAUAAAUACCAUUUGCUCUUUAGAGAAAAAGUCAUUGCUGAGGGAUAAUGUAGACUUACUGGGGAGCUUAGCAGACCUGUAUUUCAGAGCCGGAGAUAAUAAAAACUCUAUUCUAAAAUUUGAACAAGCACAAAUGCUGGAUCCUUACCUAAUAAAAGGAAUGGAUGUGUAUGGUUAUUUAUUGGCACGUGAAGGUCGACUAGAGGAUGUGGAGAACUUGGGCUGUCGUCUCUUCAAUAUUUCUGAUCAACAUGCAGAACCCUGGGUGGUAUCUGGGUGUCAUAGUUUCUACAGUAAACGAUACUCUCGUGCCUUAUACUUAGGAGCCAAAGCUAUCCAGCUUAAUAGUAACAGCGUUCAAGCUCUGCUGCUGAAAGGAGCUGCUCUUCGGAACAUGGGCCGAGUACAGGAAGCGAUUAUACACUUCCGUGAAGCAAUACGUCUUGCACCUUGCAGGCUGGAUUGCUAUGAAGGUCUCAUCGAAUGUUACUUAGCAUCCAACAGUAUCCGUGAAGCUAUGGUUAUGGCAAAUAAUGUAUAUAAAACCCUGGGAGCAAAUGCACAGACACUCACCCUGUUGGCAACAGUCUGUCUGGAAGACCCAGUCACGCAGGAAAAAGCAAAAACAUUAUUGGACAAAGCGCUAACGCAAAGACCUGAUUACAUUAAAGCUGUGGUAAAGAAAGCAGAACUUCUUAGUAGAGAACAAAAGUAUGAAGAUGGAAUUGCUUUGCUGAGGAAUGCACUGGCUAAUCAGAGUGACUGCGUUCUGCACCGAAUACUGGGAGACUUUCUCGUAGCUGUCAACGAGUACCAGGAAGCAAUGGACCAGUACAGCAUUGCCCUGAGUUUGGAUCCAAAUGAUCAGAAGUCACUAGAAGGAAUGCAGAAAAUGGAAAAAGAGGAAAGUCCGACAGAUGCAACCCAGGAAGAAGACGUGGAUGAUAUGGAGGGAAGUGGGGAAGAGGGGGACUUGGAAGGCAGUGACAGUGAAGCAGCGCAGUGGGCAGAUCAAGAACAGUGGUUUGGCAUGCAGUAACGGCCUCUCAUCCUGCUACUCGUCUUGGCAUUUCAGCAUAGCACCAGGGCCAUUCGUCUUUCAAGAACAUAAACUAUGAUUUUUGCAGUAACGAAGGACUUUCUUAAUUUCUUUUUUUUUUUUUAAAUAGACUCUGUAACGAUUUCAUAGUUCUGUGCAUCUCGGUGCCAUGAAGAUUCUUGAUGCUUCUUAUUUAUUAAGUGUAAAGGACUUCAAUGUAUUGGAAGCUAUUUGCAACUUUCAUUUCAAAAA